CUGUUAAGGAUGAGAGCUGUUUCUCUGCUGGUGCUGCUGUGCUGCAGUUUGUUGGAGGGACAGUCGGUCAGUGUGAACGACAUCACUCUGAGUCAAUAUGAAGGCAGAGAGAACCAGAUUCAGGCUGAGGAUCCCAGAAUUGAAACUCCAGCCACCACCUCCACCCAACAAAGCUGCCAGCCGGACAUCCACUCUGUACUGAGAGAGAUGAGCGCUGUGCUGGCAGAGCUGAAGGUGGAGCAGAGACACACGACGACUGCAGUGAGCAGCAUGGAGAGCAGACUGAGAGCCAGUGAGAGUCAAAUGGAGGAGCUGAGGAAGAAGGUUCAAGCUCAAGCAGUGAAUCAGAGUGACAUGGAAGCAAGAUUUGGGUCUGAACUGGAGGACCUGAAAAUGAAAAAUGAUGACUUGAAAAGCUCAUUCAACAAUCAAGUGGAGAGCCUGAAAAAGGAAAAUGAAGAGAGAAAAGUGGCGUUUUCAGCUGGACUCCGAGCAAGCGGAUCUGGUCAUACUGGACCGUAUGGCACUGACUUUCCUCUGGUCUACAAACACAUCUUCACCAACAUCGGCAAUGCUUAUAACCCAGCUACAGGAUUUUUCACUGCACCCAUCAGAGGAGUCUAUCAGUUCAGAUUCCACAUCCAUGGAGGGACCGGAAGAUUGGUAGCAGUGGACUUACAUAAAAAUGGACAUUACGUGGCUGGAACACAUGUUUAUCAAGAUAAACACAGCGUGAGUUCGUCUAAUGGAGUCACACUGUUGCUGCAGGCAGGAGACGUCGUCUCUCUUAAGCUCAGAGCUAAUUCGUGGGUAUAUGACAGUGGGGUUCACCAUAGCACAUUCAGCGGUCAAAUACUUUUCUCUGUUUGAGCUUUUCAGCAUCAAGUGGUUCAAGGAACAAAACUGCUGAAAACAAAUUGUUAUGUAAAUGAAACAGCACUUAUGCUUUAUUGUUCAUUUUCCUGAUUUUCUUCUUUGUUUUUCCAUCUGCUCUUUUAUCAUCAUUCUCAGUGGCUGGAAAAUGUUUGUUUUUAAAUCUUAAGUUUCCUCCUCACUGUAAUUAUAUAUAUCAUAUAUAUAUAUAUAUAUAUAUAUAUAUAUGCCCUUGAGCAAGACACCUAACCUCCCCAGGACCCCCUGCUCCCCAGGCACCAUGGAUAGGGCUGCCCACCACUCCUGGCAAGUGUGCACACUGACCCCUAGGGUGUGUGCAUUCAGUAGAGUGUAUGUGGUGUUUCACUGCAUGGAUGGGAAAAAAUGUGGAGCUGAAAUUUCCCUGUUGUGGGACUAAUAAAGGUCACUUAACUUAUUUAGAGCAGUGUACUGUGAUCUAGUUAUGACUAAACUAACUUUCACUAAACAAACAGUGGCCACAAGGUUAAGACUGGUUUCAUAUCCGUAUUUGUAAAUAAAAUUGUAAAUAAUAAAA